AUGAAUGACGCAGUAAAAGAUGUGAGAAUCCAACCAGGGACAAGGCUUCCAAUACUAGACCAUAUCCAGAGGACAGGGAUUGAAAUGUUGUCUCAGUUCAUACACAUGCAUUUCGUUUCUUUAAUCUUGUAUGAGUAUAUGGAGCAUGGAAGGCUAAAGGACCAUUUUUAUGCGUCAGAUAACCCGAGGUUGAGCUGGAGACAGAGGCUUGAGAUAUGCGUUGGUGCAGCUAGAGGGCUUCGCUAUCUCCAUACAGACUUUCUAUUGCCUAAGACUGAUAUGGAUCUUUACCAGACACAUGUGAGUAUGCCGGUGAAAGGAAGCUUUCGUUAUCUAGAUCCAGAGUACUUGACUAAGAAACAACUGACUGAGAACUCUGAUCUUUACUCUUUUGGUGUGGUGAUGCUUUAA